AUGCUCUCAAUCCUCCGGAAAGCGAGGCUCAAAGACAAGGAGCUGAGGAUUCUAAUGCUCGGACUCGAUAAUGCUGGCAAGACGACGAUUGUCAAGAGGGUCAUGGGCGAAGAUGUUAACACCGUCAGCCCUACGCUCGGCUUCAUCAUCAAGACGAUUGACUACGAAGGCUACAAGCUCAAUAUUUGGGAUGUGGGCGGCCAGAAGACGUUGCGGUCAUACUGGAGAAACUACUUCGAAAAAACGGACGCCCUAAUUUGGGUCGUUGAUGCCACGGACCGGCUGCGAAUCGACGACUGUCGAGAUGAGCUGCAUGGGCUACUUCAAGAAGAGCGACUUUCAGGGGCGAGCUUGCUCGUCUUUGCCAACAAAACUGAUGUUCAGGGAUGCAUGUCUGGCGAUGAAAUAUCCAAGGCCCUUCGACUAGACGAGAUCCGAACACAUCGGUGGAACAUCCUUCGGUGUAGUGCCAUCACGGGAGAGAACCUAAGGGAAGGCUUGGCCUGGGUGGUUGAAGAUGCAAAAGCCCGUCUUUUCUUGUACUGA